CCCUUUAGUCAGUUAAUUAAAGCGUUAACACGCCAAUUUAUCACUUAAUAGUAUGGAACUUAUUUUUGCUGGAAAAAUGGGUCAAAUCAGCUGUCGAUAGUAAACUAGCUACGUUACUAGCUAGCUUAGCUGUGAGCUAACUAAAUUGUUGCUAGUGGUUAGCAAGCAAUGCUGUUCAGGUGGUGGUAGUUGAUUAGCUGCCUGACGGUCACUUAGCUAACGCUAACCUAUCUAGGGCUCAAGGACUAAACACAAACAUCUUGGCUUUGCAAACAAGUCACGUAAUGUUAAGAAACACGCCUAAUGACAUAUUUAUUAUGGGAAAUAUACGAACUAUGAAGGAGUAUUUAUUGUAACACGCUAGUGACAGCUGAGACUAGUAACGACGCGUCCAAGAAGAACCCCGAAAUAACGUCAGGCUGUAACGUUAAGUGUGCCAUCCUUCUUGCAAAGGAAGGAGAGGCACCAGGGACCAUGAGUGAGAAUGGCCCUCAUACGGAGGUGCCCAUGUACUUUGAGGUGGAGGUGGACCACCUGGAGAGGGAUGAUGAAGAAGAAGACAAAAUCCACUUUGUCAAAGAUGACCUGAUCGCUGAACCUUCAUCAUCCUCUGGUCGAGUUUACGACCGUACAACAGUACUCAUUGAGCGGGACCCCAUCCGGCUGGAUGAGGAGGGUGAGGAAGAGGGUCACUGUGGAGGGGAUGAAGAUGGAGUCACCUUCUUAACUGAAGGAGAAGGUGAUGGAGAUGAGGAGGAGGGUUCUCUGGCUUUUAUGGCUGACCCUGAUGUCAUGUCACAAGGAUAUGUGCACCACACCAUUUCUGCAGACCAGAUCCAGUUCACAAUAAAUCCAGGCUCCACACCCAUGCCACGCAAUAUAGAGGGGGCCACACUCACCCUGCACUCUGAAUGCCCAGAGACCAAGCAGAGAGAGGUGAAGCGCUACCAGUGCAUGUUUGAAGGCUGCACGAGGACGUACAGCACGGCUGGAAACUUGAGGACACACCAGAAGACACACCGGGGCGAGUACACAUUCGUGUGUAAUCAACAGGGCUGUGGAAAGGCCUUCCUCACUUCUUACAGCCUCAAGAUCCAUGUCCGUGUUCACACAAAGGAGAAGCCGUUUGAGUGUGAUGUGCAAGGCUGUGAGAAGGCCUUUAAUACACUAUACAGACUAAAAGCACACCAGAGACUUCACACAGGCAAGACAUUCAACUGUGAAUCAGAGGGAUGCACAAAGUACUUUACCACACUCAGUGACUUGAGGAAGCACAUUCGCACACACACUGGGGAGAAGCCAUUCCGGUGUGAUCACGAUGGCUGUGGCAAAGCCUUUGCCGCAAGUCAUCACCUAAAAACACAUGUACGGACACACACAGGGGAGAAGCCAUUCAACUGUCCCAGUGACGGCUGUGAGAAGACUUUCAGCAGCCAGUAUAGUCUGAAGAGUCACAUCAGGGGCCAUGACAAAGGACAGCCUUUCAGUGUCACCCUCACCCAUCCGCUCUCUGAAGAUGCAAAUCAUUCACUGUGCCUCAGUGACUUGAGCCUCAUCUCUACAGACUCAGAGCUACGAGAGAACAUCCACAAUGCUCAAAAUUUGGACUUUAACAACAUGACCCCUGUGAAAAUCUUUGAGCUCAUGUUCCAGAGUCCUGAAAAUAGUGUCAGCCAAGAUGAUGCCAAUCCCAACAAGAGCCUUGCUGAACCCUUCACCCUGGAGACGUCCACCCAACCAGGAGUGACUGAUGCCUCAUCCCUCAUCUCUUUUUCUAUCAGUCCUACCUCUUCGUCUUCCUGUUCCCACACAACUACAGUCAUGGAAGCUCCUUCCCACCUCAGUCAAAGCUCUUCCUGUCAGGCUUCCAUCUCUGCUUCUGUCACUGCUACUGUCAGCUCCACUCAGCUUCCCCCUUUCAUGCAGCAAAAAGGGCCUCAGCAGAUCUCCGAUGCGCCUGCUCAGGCUUCUGUCCCAGCAGCAAACCAUGUCCCCCCUCAGCGUUUUGUGGCACUGCCACCCACAUUCCUUCAGCCAGAUAGUGCCACCCAGGCCUCUUCUCAACCGCCACCCAUCUCUGCUCCUCCUCCUCCUGCAGCUCCAGUACUGACCACCACAGCACCAGGCACUGCUGCUGUAUCUGUUGUUGCAGCCAGCACAACAGAUGCUCUGGGAGCUGUGGCUCAACCUGUGCCUUUGGCCAGUAAUCCUGUCCCCAGCUCUGGCCUUGGUCUGACUCCCACCCCGGCCACCAUCAACAUAGCACCCACACAGAACCUACUGCAGCCCAGCUUGGUCAUGUCUGACCAGAACCUCCAGUGGAUUCUCAGCAGUGCUGCCAACAGCCAGCAGAACCCUGAGCAAGCACCACAUCAAGGAGCUCCAAAAGUGGAAAAGGUUUUCUUCACUACAGCCAUACCAGUUGGAGGAAAUGCUGGUAGCUCAGUCCAGCAGAUCGGUCUCAGCUUGCCAGUCAUCAUUAUCAAACAGGAGGAAUCCUGCCAGUGCCAGUGUGCCUGCAGGGACUCGACAAAAGACAAGAGUUCAAAGAGUGCCUCCUCCAGUGUUUCAGCUCGAGCACAGCAGCAGCCAUCAGAGCCCCCUCCUCCCCCAUUAUCACAGCCCUCAGAGCUUCCACAGCAUCCAGCCUCCUCAUGCUGCCUCCCUGGGUCUUCCUCCAAGGUGGGUGACGUGAGGGUCGAGCCCCCCUCUUCUUCUUCCUCCUCAGCUCAGACUUUCACCACAGCAGAGAGCGGCACUGCCACCACUAACCCACCCUCAACAGACGGGUUAGCCAAUAUGGAUGUCUCGGAUUUUCUCUCCCUGCAGAGCCCCGAGACAGCUGCCAACAUUGAAGCACUGCUGCUGGUUGCAGAUGACUUCAACAUGGCCACUGAUGCCAAUCCUUAGAAGAGCUGCCUCUCAGUCUAGCACCAUGUGUUCAUCUAUUGCACCUACGCAUCGAUUCCACCCACAUCUCAAGUCACUCUCCUCUGUGAGGCCUCUUCUUUACCCCUAUAUAGUGCGUGCAUCAAAGCCUCUGUACCUACAGUGCAUUCUGUUCCGUAACAUAUAUACACAAAUGAAUUUUCUUUCUGUUGAGACUCAUUGCAGUAGUUUUUAGAAACAGGAUUUGCUUGCUUAUUGAUAUUUAGCAAAAUUAAUGCAGGGGAAGGGCAGUAUAUCCUUGGUUUAAAAGUGUAACAACCUUCAUUAUCCUUCUGAGUGAAAUAAGUGUUGUCCUAACACUGAUAACUUAUGAGUGGCAUUUCGCUGGCUUGAAGGUUACACCCGAGCAGAAAAACUGUAUCCUUGUACUGUACUACAGAAUCCGACAGAUGCUUAAAUCUGGUAUGCAGCUACCCAGAAUGCACUGUAUAUUAGAGGAAUGUGCCAUAAUUUUUAUCAAGCGUUGCUCCCAAUAGGAAUUUGAAUGGGUUGCCCCCCAUAUGGCUGUCAUACAAUAUGAAGUGACAUCCUCAGUAUUUUUAUUUUCUAGGAAGACUAGUGUAGUCCAGAGAAUGUGAUUCUUCUUCUCUACUUGUUUUGGCAGUUACCUGUAUGUACUAAUUGAGAAAAUAACCUGUGAUCAGAUCUGCCUAUCUUGAAUUUCAAAACAUCAUAAGUUGCCUAAUAAUUUAAUUUAAAAUUGUACAUGUUAAUUUAUUUAAAUGCUUGAUUCCUUCAUUGUACUUGUAAUACUAUUCUCAAGAUAGAACAAUCUAUUAAUUUAUUCUAAUCACUUGUAUUUUUGAGUUGAGCUGUUUUUGUUACUGAAUUGCUUUCCUUUUAAGCAUGUGAUGGGUAUUGCAAAAAGCAAGUCUGACCACAGAGGUGCCUGGUCGAGCGCACAGUGAAGCAACUUAUCCUCUAGAAUUAGCUUGUUUGCAAACAUUGUCCAUGAUGAAAUAUUAAGGAACUACUGUCAACAUCCCAUGUUUAAUAGGGUUGUGACCCUCUCAGGGAUGCAUCAAGUCAUAGCUGAUCCUGGUUCCCUUAAUUUGUAACUCAGACAUGUGUUGUCCUUAGCAGAUGCCCCACAC